AUGACAGCGGCCUGCGGCUCAUCCCCGCAGGUAACCAUGCGUUUCAGCCAGGACCCCGCGCGCUUCCAGCUCUGCGCAAAGCGCGCGGACGGCGACGAUCUGGACGGAGAGCAGAUGCACGAGGCGCGCUGCCCGAGCUCCGGGCCUCCCAGUCCGCUCUCCGUCAACUCGGACUCCAGCUGCGCCAGCCCGGAGGCCAAGCGUGGCCCCGCACCGCAGAGGGUCAGGAGGCCCCUGAACGCAUUCAUCAUCUGGACCAAAGAGGAGCGCAGGCGGCUGGCGCAGCUCAACCCAGAGCUGGAGAACACGGAUCUGAGCAAAAUACUCGGAAAGACAUGGAAGUCCAUGUCCUUGGCUGAGAAGCGUCCCUACAUGCAGGAAGCUGAACGCCUGAGGGUCCAGCACACCAUCGACUACCCCAACUACAAGUACAAGCCUCGCAGGAGGAAGCAGCUGAAGAAGAGCUCCAAGCCGCAGCCUGCAGAAAGUUCUCCACCCUGCUCAGGCUUCGGUGUCCCCUGCAGCCUCACGUGUCUGCUCCAGAACCAGCAGACUCUCCAGAACUCCACACCUUUCUCGCUCCAUGGCAGCUACAGAAACCGCUCAGGUUUUCCACAGUCAGACGCAGCAGAAACGUUCCCAAACAACCCCGGCGUGCACUCAAACCCUCCCGUGCACCAAGCAGAACCUCAGGUGUACUUCGGAUCCCAGUUUGGACACGUGCAGCAUGGGUUGCCCACUCCUGCAGGUCAAGUCACAGAGCAAGGGGAGUCCAGGGUUUACGGGCUGCAGUCAUGCUCAGCAGGGCCUUCGUUAGAGUUUUAUUUGGAGCAGGUCCAGCUGGACAUGCUGUACGACCUGGACCGCAGCGAGUUCGAACAGUACCUGGGUCCAGACCAUCACAGGCCUGGACCAGCAGACCAGCAGCAGAGCAGCCGAGGAGGACACUCAGUAUCAUAA